AUGGAGAGUCAGAGAAUCCAUUCCUCUUACAGGAAGCGUUUUGGGCCUCAGGGCUCGAGCAGCACAGGAGUCCGAAUUGGGGGCCUUUCUUCCAGCCGUGCCUCCUGGCAUGGCACCCCUCGCAAUCUCACCCACUCCAGCCCCAUAUCCCGGAUCUCCUUUGGCUCAACCAACACCGCCCUGCUCCUGGGGAGCUCCGGGGACCGGCUGGACUUCUCAGCAGACACCCUGAUGAAGGCCCACUACAAGGAAACCCGCACCAACGAGAAGAUGGAGAUGAUGGGCCUGAACGACCGUUUUGCCAGCUACAUAGAGAAGGUGCGUCUGCUGGAGCAGCAGAACAAGGUGCUGGUGGCGGAGUUGAACCAGCUGAGGGGAAAGGAGCCUAGCCGCCUUGGAGACAUCUACCAGGAGGAGCUGAGGGAGCUGCGACGGCAGGUGGACGGCCUCACUUCAGGGAAAGCUCGGCUGGAAAUAGAGAGGGACAACAUGGCAUCAGAUGUGGCCAUGCUCAAGCAAAGGCUGAAUGAAGAGAAUGGCCUCCGACAGGAUGCAGAGAACAAUUUGAAUGCCUUCAGACAGGAUGUGGAUGAGGCUGCCCUAAAUCGGGUCCAAUUAGAGAGAAAGAUUGAUGCCCUGCAGGAUGAGAUCAGCUUCCUGAGGAAAACUCAUGAGGAGGAGCUGCGUGAGUUGCAGGAGCAGAUCGUGGCCCAGCAGGUGCAUGUGGACCUUGAUGUGUCCAAACCAGACCUGACGGCUGCUCUGAGAGACAUCAGGACCCAGUAUGAAACCAUGGCAACCUCGAACAUGCAGGACACCGAGGAGUGGUACCGCUCCAAGUUUGCUGACCUGACAGAUGCAGCCAAUCGUAAUGCAGAAGCCCUGCGCCAGGCCAAACAGGAGGCCAAUGAAUACAGGCGUCAGACCCAAGUGGUGACCUGCGAUCUGGAGGCCCUCCGUGGGACAAACGAGUCUCUGGAACGCCAGCUCCGUGAGAUAGAGGAUCGCUUUGCCAUGGAGACUUCAGGUUACCAGGAUACAGUGAGCCACUUAGAGGAGGAGAUCCACGCCCUGAAGGAGGAGAUGGCGAGACACCUGCAGGAGUAUCAGGACCUGCUCAAUGUCAAACUGGCUCUGGAUAUCGAGAUUGCCACCUACAGGAAGCUGCUGGAGGGAGAGGAGAGCAGGAUCACCAUUCCAGUUCAGAGCUUUUCCAACCUGCAGUUUAGAGAAACCAAUCUGGACACUAAAACCCCAGAGGCCCAUGUGAAGAGGAGUAUCCUGGUUCGAACUGUGGAGACUCGAGAUGGGGAGAUCAUAAAGGAGUCAACAACUGAACAUAAAGAUCUUCCUUGAAGUUAUACAACCAGAAAUCUGAAGACUUGAAUGCUUCUUACAUUUUUUUUUUAUUUCCAUCCCCCAAAGCUGCCCCAAACAGUCAUCACAUUAUUCAGUGUUACCCUUUUUUUUUAUCAGAAUCUGCAUGCUAAUAAGAUAACUACCCUACAGCCAUGAUUUAACCAUUAAACACAGCUUGACUCACUCAUUAGGAUGACUCUAAAAACAUACAGUACGUUUUUUGACUUGAGUUGGGUGCAGGUUGGUCAACUUUAAUUUUAAACUUGAUUGAUGGACCAGAUUUUGUAACAUCGUUUCAGAUUAGUUGCCAUAGCCGAGGCCUUGAAAUGUAGCAAAUUGUGUUCAUCUAAUAUGUAGCGUUGUGGAGGUUGACAUAUGGUAUUUGUGUAUGUGAAAUGAGUAAUAGUAAGUAUAAGAUGGAGGAUGCGGUUUCAGAUAGUUAAAAACAGGGAUUGAGACAUGUGUGUGUGUAUUAUAGAGCACCUUUUGGCAGGACAGCAGGUGACGUUGGACGUUUGAAUGUGUUUAACCCUUGUACGGUGUCAUUUUUAAUUUCAUACAUUUGUUGUAGCCACCUAAUCUGUCUGUGUGUCUCGUCUUGUAUUAAAAAUCCUUUAUGACUGCU